CUGUUUACUCGGCAUUGCUGUGUUGCAUUAUUGCCGUAGACUAGAUAAUUUUGUGCUGAUGUAGAAUCUCGACACUCCAUUAGUAAAAGAAAGAUGACUAUGUCAAAUGAAGAACGGAAGAAGUUAGCUGAAAAACUGGAUCAGGAAUUGGAUGAAUUUAUUGGAGGAUUAGAAAAACGAUCAUAUACCGAAGGAUGGCCAGAAGACCGUUGGGAAGAGGAAAUGGAAAAGCAUCCGUUCUUCAUGUCUAAAGCACCAGAAGCUGGAGAGCCUUUGUCACCACUAAUGGAGGGACUCCAGCAGCUCAAAUACAGUGAAACUGAUAACACACCUCAAGAUUUGGCAGCUGCAUAUAAAGAAGAUGGAAACUAUAAUUUCAAGUUAAAAAAAUAUCGCCUUGCAAUAAUAAGCUACACAGAAGGACUAAGGCAGCGAUGUGGAGACUCCCACCUUGAAUCAGAAUUGUAUAAUAACCGAGCAGCAGCACAUUUCUUCUUGAAAAACUACAGGUCAUGUCUGUUUGACUGUCGAGCAGCACUGAAAAUUAGGCCAUGUUACUCCAAGGCACAGGCCCGUGCAGCUCAGUGCUGCAUGUUUCUGCAACGAUACGAUGACUGCAUCACUCUCUGUGAGAAGAUGCUGGUUGAUUGUCCCACUGACAAAACUACUCUGGAACUUCGAGCCAAGGCUAUGGCAGGAAAGAAAAUAGAAGAGCGAAAUGCCCGGAAGCAAAAUAUGGCUAAAAGAAAGGAAGAAGAGAGGGAUCAGGCGUUGCUGACAGCCAUAAAAGAGAGAGGCAUUCAGAUAAAAGGGACAGAUCUGUCCAUGUCAACACUAGAACCAUGCAGUCCAAUGGUCGCACAGGGGCGUGUCCACUUGGAUGACAGUGGCAGCUUGGUGUGGCCUGUCAUGUUCCUAUAUCCAGAGUACCAAGUCACUGACUUCGUUCAAGAAUUCCAUGAGGACAACACGUUCUCACAACAUCUCAGUACCAUGUUCGAAUCACCUCCUGAGUGGGAUAAGGAUUCCUCUUACAUUCUUUCUGAGCUUAACAUAUAUUAUGAGUGCCAAUCUGAUCGUACACUGCAUCCAGUUGAUGCCUGUGAUACACUUGGUCAAGUUCUACCAAAACAAAGUUAUGUGGUAUGUGGAGGUACACCAUGUUUCUUGGUGACUGUUAGAGGAAGCAAAGCUGAAUGUUGUCUGCUGGCCAGAUAUUCGUAACAGAGAGGUACACAGAUACUUGAUGAAGUGAUUCAAGAGGUUGAGUCGGCACCCCCGCAGGUAGCUUGAGCUUCAUUUCUCUGAAGAAAACAGCUGGGACAAGACACUCUGCAAACACAACUCCUUUAUCAGCUAUGAGGCGACC